CUGGGCGUCAAACGAUUGCAGUCGUAAGAGGCCGUGUGGCCUUUGACUUGUGCUAUUUCUUCCUCUCUCUCUCGAUUGAAAAGCUUCUUAUGUGGAUAACUCAGCUUGGUCUGGUUCUCUUCCUGCAAAAUACAAGCCUAUUUGUGGACGCAUCUCUCUUUCACAAUUCUUAAGCAGCCUUGGUAAAGAGUAACUUCCUCGGUUUUCAAUUAUCAUCCAUCAGACCCAAUUACAAGAACCUACCACUUUCACAGAUGGGUAGAGCUCCUUGCUGUGACAAGGCCAAUGUAAAGAAGGGACCAUGGUCUCCUGAAGAAGAUGCACAGCUAAAGGAGUACAUAGAGAAACAUGGAACUGGAGGCAACUGGAUUGCUCUCCCACAAAAAGCUGGUCUCAAAAGAUGUGGUAAAAGCUGUAGACUAAGAUGGCUCAACUAUCUCCGUCCCAACAUCAAACACGGCGAGUUCUCCGAUCAUGAAGACAGGAUCAUCUGCAGCCUCUUUGCCAGCAUCGGAAGCAGGUGGUCAGUAAUAGCAUCUCAGUUGCCUGGAAGGACUGAUAACGAUAUUAAGAACUACUGGAACACCAAGCUUAAGAAGAAGUUGAUGUGCAUGAACCCUUCCGAUCAUCAUCACCAAGCUACCCUUUUACCAGUUCUCCCGAAUUCAACUCCAUCUUCAUCCUCAUCAUCGGCAUCUUCACCAUUAUCAUUCACAGACACCACCAACUCUUACUGCCACGCCCCUUAUGCUUCUUCAUUCUCAGGAGUUGAUCAGUCCAUUUACUUCUCGUCGGCAAGUUUUUUGAACGGCCAUUCCUCUUGUGCUUCUGCAGCUGGCUCUUUUUAUCAACCCCAAGAAAGCUUGAUGAGUCCCAUUGAGCUAGUCGCAGCUAGUUGUAGCCCUUCGCACGGAAGCUAUAAUAAUAGCAGCCAGCUGAGUCAUGUGAUGAAAGAAGCUGAAGCUGCUGGAUAUGGAGUAGAUCAAGAAACUAUGGUCCAACAGAUGAUAGCUGCCAAUAGUAACUAUGAUGAUCUGCACAAUAUUGGGAUGGAAAUGGAAGAAACCCAGAAGGUGAUGGCGUGUGAUGGGGACUACGUGAAUGGUUGGACGGGAAAACAAAAUGGACUUUGGGAAGAGAAUCCGCCAUUAGAUUACGGAAUAGAAGAAAUUAAGCAGUUAAUAAGUUCUAGCAGCUGCAACAACUUCCUGUUCGAUGAAAACAUGACGCAGAAAAGGGCCUUGUACUACUACUACUACUGAUUGAUUUGGCCCGUGUUAUUAGGAACAGCUUCUACUUGGAAGCGUUUAAUUAGUAAUACAGCUUCGCUUUUAAUCUUUUUAUGAGUACCCGUAAUGUUAGUCUUAAAUCCUGCCAUACUUUCUGGGUAAUAGGCAAUAAAAUCUGCUCUGAGUAACUUCGCCGUUUAAAAUUAAA